AUGCCUGACAAAACUGGUGACUCCUGCUCCCAGCAUGCCAACUCAGAAACUCAUGAUAUAUCAAAAACCAAGUCGAGUGAUAAGCUAGAUUCAACACAAGCCAAAAAUACAGCACCGAGGUCGGGUAUUGUGCUACCUACAGAUUUCAAUGUUCCUUUAGAAGGUACAAAGGAAGAGCGCCUUGAAAAAGCUAAGUGUCUAAACAAUGUUUGA